AUGCAGUCAUUUAAAAAAACACUAGAAUCAAACAUAUAUAAGGAAAAAUCAUUAAUCAAAGAACAAGAAGCAUGUUUGAAAAAACUUAAACGUUAUGCUGAGGCACAGGCAAGGCUUGAAGCAAAAAAAACAAGAUUGCUCCAAGAAGGUGUAGUUGCCCUUGCCUCUGUAGCACAAACAGAUAUAAAACCUCACGUUAAUGAACACUAUUGUCUGGCUUCAGUUAAAGCUGCCUGGGUUUUUUA